CUAAUAUUACACCAGGACAAUCUUUUUAUUUCUAUUUAUUGACAUCAUGUUUGGACCAAAAUUCUUUUAUUAAGAAUGCAUUAUUAGUUAAACAUAUUCCUGGUUGCGCCAAUAUCUCGGAUAUCUGCUCUCGAUUGUGUCCUCCUUCAGAACAGCCAUUUGAUGAAAUUACAGAGCAUUACUUGUGCGCGAUGGGUGACGGACCAUCUACUAUCACACUAAAAGAAAUAAAAAUGGCUACGUCAAACGAUGACACAGCGGCAGCAGCUAUUAAGGCCAUUCAUACUCAGCAAUGGCCCCAUGAUUUGUAUCGGUAUCAGGCAUUUGCGAAAGAGCUGGGCGUGAUUGAAGGCAUAAUUGUCAGAAAUGAUCGAAUCGUUCUCCCGGAAAAACUACGGCCAAGCGCAUUACAAAUCGCCCACCGUGGACACCCUGGCAUAGUUGCAAUGCGGCGGAAGUUACGUGAGAAGGUGUGGUGGCCAUGUAUGGACCGCGAUGUUAAUGAUCACAUACAGCAGUGUUUGGGUUGCACAGCGGUGAGUAGACAUGACGCUUCUGAACCUAUGAUGCGGAACGAAAUGCCAGAGCGUGCCUGGCAGGAAAUUGCCAUAGAUUUUUUUCUGCUGAAGAGUGUGCAACAUUUCUCGUCAUUAUCGAUUACUAUAGUCGGUUUACGAAAGUGAUAGAAAUGAAAGGCACUACGGCCUCUAAGACAAUCGAGGCCCUCGAAAAUGUAUGUGCUGAACAAACAUACCCCGAAACAGUGAGAAGUGACAACGGACCUCCGUUUUUGUCUGAGGAAUUUCGGAACUAUUGUGUGUCUAAAAACAUCUGGCAUGUUCAAAGCAUACCAUAUUGGCCGCAAAUGGUUGGUGGAAAGACACAACCAAGGUGUAUUAAGGGCCUUAAGAAUUGCUAAGGCAACGAAAUCCGAUUGGCGAAAAGCUGUUAAGGAUUAUGAGUUCAUGUAUAAUACGACUCCGCAUACAAUAACCGGUAAACCGCCGUUAGAAUUAUUAACUGGAAGACCAGUGAAGAACCUGCUUCCGUCGUUGCGCACCGAGCCAUAUUGGCUGCGAGACGAAGAAACGCGAGACCACGAUGCGAUGAUCAAAAUGAAGGGUAAAAUAUAUGCCGACAAUCGGAGGAACGCGAAGGAAUCGGAGAUCGACGUAGGAGAUACCGUGAUGCUCAAGAGUUACGACACCCAAAAAUUAGAACCGAACUUCAAACUGGAGAAAUGUGUUGUUGCCAAGAAAAGUGGAAACGAUGUUAUCGUCACGAACAAAGAAGGAGUGACGUAUCGUCGUUCUGUUUCACAUUUGAAGAAGUGGCCGUCUGCACGAUGUACAGAGGACUCCGAUUUUACUGAAACCUCGUUUGAACAACCAGCGUCACCGGAAGAAUCCACAGCGACCGAUCCGUCGCCAAAACGGGAUUCUAAUGCACAGUCCUCCGUUUCAGAUAGAAGCACAUCUCAACAGCGUCCGAAGCGAGCAAAGGUGUUGCCAGCAAGAUACAAUGACUAGAUAAUUUAAGGGGGGUAGGGUUUUGAAGGCAGGUUUUUACAGAUUUUUUUUUGGGCGUACGGUGAAAGUAAAUUUAUUUCUGAUUAUUGUACAUUAAAAAGUAGUAAUUGAACUAUAUUCUGUAAAAUAUUGGUUGAAAAAUAUUGAAAAUUGACCGAAUGGUAGCAAUUCUUCGCAGGCGCCUCAAAAAAAAUACUUUUUGCGGUGCACGUCAUACCUCAGCACUGGAUCAUCUGAAAUGAAAUAACCAGUUUUUCCUUUAAUUUUUAUGUCCCUCUAGGUAUCUCUGUCGAGUUUUUCCAUUUUUUUAAAUUUUUGAACUUUUUGCAAGACUUGAAAGUGAAAAUACUGAUUUUUGGCCUAAAUUCAUGACUAUUGUUGUUAAUAAUAAAAUAAAUAAAAUCAAAAACGAAAAAAUCUCAACAGGGUUACCUCAUAAACUAUGUAAGGAAAUACUGUAAAAAAUUUGAGAACGAUCGGUUGAAUAGAUUUUGAGAUACAGAGUGCACCGACUCAAAAAACAUCGAUUUGAGAAAAACGCGUUUAAAGUUUUUCGUAGCGAAAAGACCCCGAUAAAACUUAGUAAGCUAUUUAUUUUUUAUUUUACUCACAUAGAAUCAUCAAUGCCGGGACAUUCUUGAGUUACUAUACUUUCAUAAUAUAUAAAAAAAUCACUUUUUUUGAACCCUCAAACCCCUCCCCCCC